UCGGCAGAUUCCACAAUUCAAACUUCAUUUAAUCAAUCAAAUCGGAAUAUAUAACAUUCUUGUGCUCUCUGUUAUCUUAGCAAGCACGUGCAGAUGAUUCAAUUGUGCAUCAUUGGAGAAAACGAAGGAGAUCGAUCAUACUAAAGCAGGAAACUGAGAAAUUCAAAAUAAAUUGCGAAAAUUCCCACCUAAAGCGACGCCAAAAAUUUUCACAAACAAAGAGUAAGGCCAUUUCGGUAAACUAACGCAGCUUUUCCCGCCUAAAAAUCACAACUGCUAAAUCCCUAAAAAAUCUAGCGAAGAAUGGCUUAGAAAGAUUUGUGUAUCCCAUAUUCGAAAAGAAAGCACGAAAGGGACGCAUUCCCAUCUCUUUCUCUCUCGAUAUGUUUCCAUGACUUCACUGCAAUGACACAAACCCUUUAUUCCCGGACUCGGAGCCCGGAAAUCGAAAAGGAAAUUGCCGGAGGAGGAGGUGGAGCUGCCAUGAGAGUGAUAGUUCCUCUACAAGGUGUUGUUCAAGGACGAGGGGGUUUAGUUUUAGGCUCCAUAAUCCCUUGCGCGCUCUUUUACUUCCUCCAAUUCUAUUUGAAGCGAAACCGUAAAGACACGGAUGACCAGAACAACUCAAAUUCCUCGGGUCAAAACCCAAACCCCCGUUCGUCGUCGUACGGGAAGUUAUCGGAGCUUCCUGGGCUGACACGUAGCUUGUCUCGGGGUUUGCCAUCGCCGCGUAGUCUGCGUGGACCCGUCUUUGUUUCGGGUCGGGUUAGAGGGAUUGUAAAGGAUUCGGAUUCACCGUAUUACGUGGGACUGAGGCGGGCUAAGGAGGAUCCAUAUGAUGAACUGAGUAAUCCAAAUGGGGUUAUCCAGCUGGGUUUAGCAGAAAACAAGUUGUCUUUGGAUCUGGUUAAGCACUGGCUAGCAGACAAUGCGGAGCAAGCCAUAUUGAGAAACGGGAAAGAGCUGAGCAUUAGCCAGAUUGUCCCUUAUCAGCCUUUUGAUGGAUCGAUGGAGUUCAAAGUGGCUGUAGCAGGAUUCAUGUCUCAAGUCAUGGAGAAAGCUGUUUCUUUCAACCCUUCACAGGUAGUGCUGACGGCUGGUGCGACCCCUGCAAUUGAGAUUCUUAGUUUUUGCUUAGCAGAUGCUGGAAAUGCAUUUCUUGUUCCAACACCAUAUUACCCUGGGUUUGAUAGGGAUAUAAAAUGGCGAACUGGGGUUGAAAUAAUACAUGUUCCUUGCCGAAGUACAGACAACUUCAAUUUAAGUAUAGCUGCCCUAGAUCAAGCAUUUGACCAGGCAAAGAAACGCGGACUUAAAGUCCGCGGGAUAGUUAUAUCAAACCCUUCAAACCCUGUUGGCAAUCUUAUAAGUCGAGGAACACUUUACAGUCUGCUAGAUUUCGCCAGAGAGAAAAACAUCCAUAUUAUCUCUAAUGAACUAUUGGCUGGUUCUACUCAUGGAAAUGAAGAAUUUGUGAGCAUGGCAGAAUUACUUGACCCAGAUGAUUCUGACCGGAAAAGAGUUCAUAUAGUGUACGGGUUGUCAAAAGACCUUUCUCUUCCAGGUUUUUGGGUCGGUGUUAUCUACUCAUAUAAUGAGGAGGUUUUGGCAGCUGCUAAAAGGUUGGCGAGGUUCUCAUCUAUUUCAGCUCCAACCCAGUGUUUGCUUGUCUCCAUGCUAUCUGAUGCCAAGUUUGUUCAAACAUUAAUUACCAUCAACAGAGAGAGGCUUCAAAGUAUGUAUGCUCAGUUCGUGGCCGGGUUGAAAAAGCUGGGCGUCGAGUGCAUAAAGAGUAGUGGGGGUUUCUACUGUUGGGCUGAUAUGAGCGGGUUAAUCCGCUCUUACAACAAGAAAGGAGAACUUGAGCUGUGGGAUAAGUUGUUGAAUAUUGCGAAGGUGAAUGUAACUCCAGGGUCAUCUUGUCAUUGUAUUGAACCUGGAUGGUUCCGCUUCUGUGUUACUACAUUGACAGAGAAAGAUAUCCCUGUAGUCAUGGAUCGGAUUCAGAAAGUUUCUGAAACCUCAAAAUUGAAUAGAUGAAAUGCUAUUAUUUUAUUCUAUGAUUUUGAAUAAUGUGCAGAUUUGUUCUUGAUUG